CGAUGGAGCUCUUGGACGCGAUCCGAGCUGGAGACGAUGUGAGCGCGCUCAUGAGCGCACCGAACGUCUCUCUCAACGCCCAGGACAAGGAUGGCAACACGGCGUUGAUGCUAGCGACACAGACCAACAACGUCGCGCUCAUGCAGCAGCUACUCGCGGCGGCGUGCGACGUCAACCGUCGCAACCAGGCCGGCCAAACGGCCCUCUUCUUCGCAUCGUCGGUCGAGGCUGCCGAGCUCCUCGUUAAGAAGAAGAUCAACAUUAACGCGCGCGACGCUCAGCGCAGCACCGCGGCGUUGCGGGUCAUCGAGGCGGGCCACGAAGACGUGGCUAUCUACCUCAUCAAGUGCGGCUGCGACGUCAACGAGCGCAACAAAGCGCAAAAGACCAUGCUCUCGGCAGCGAUUGGCAAGUCGCAGCAGCGCGUCAUCGAUGCGCUGGCCAGAAGCGGCAAAUUGGACUGGAAGGCGGCGGAACCUGCGCCGCUGUUGUUUGCGGCCAUGACGGGCAACGUCGACGUCGCGAAGUUGCUGCUUGAGUUCAACUGCGACAUGGAUGCUCCAGGGCCUGAUGGCACGACGCCGCUCAUGGCCGCGAUUCAAAACGGCCAUGUGGCGCUCAUGAUGCACUUGCUCGAGGAGGGCUGCAACGUCGACUGCCGCGACAAGGCGGGACGCUCUGCGUGGGACUACGCCCUCGAGCGUGAUCCGAUCUUGGCCGCGACGCUCGUCGAAGACGGCUACGACCUCCGUCGAGCUGGUCCCAAUGGCCAAACAGCGCUCGCGGUCGCGCUGGCGCACAAGGCCGACGCCGUGGUGAAGCUCGUGGUCGCCGAGAUGGUGAAAGAAGGCUGGAACCUUGGUGCGCCCGAUCAUACGGGCAAGUCCGCGCUGUGGGCAGCCGUGCUGCACGGUGACACGGGCCUUAUCACACUCCUCCUCGACGAGGGCUGCAGUGCGAGCGUCACGGCCAAAGACGGCUCGACGCCGCUCUCGCUGGCGAUACAGCACCAAAAAGAUGAUGUUGUCCGCUUGCUUCUCGAGUACGACGACCGCGCCAGUGACGUGGCGCUUGUGAACGCUGUCGUGGCCGGGGACAUGGCCAUGCUGGACGCACUCCUCGGCUAUGGUGGCGACGUGAACGCGACCGACGGCGACGGCAACACGUUGCUCAUGCUGGCGCUUCGGCACCGCCACGAGGCCAUGACGAACGCGCUCUUGGCCAAGCAGUGCGACAUCGAGCGUUGCAACGAUAGAGGCGAGAGUGCGCUGCACAUGGCGUUGACGGACGACCGCUUUCUUGCGCUCCUCCUCGAGACGUCGUCGGCGAAGAUCGAUGAGCAGGACCAAUCGGGCAAGACACUGCUCAUGACGGCGCUCGAGGGCCACGCUACGGACGAGGUGCUUGAGCGUCUUCUCACGAAGAGCGCACCACAGACGUUGAGCGCCACGGACACGGAGGGCCGGACCGCGCUCUUUUGUGCCGUCGAGACGAAACGGGUCUGGGUCGCCGAGCGCCUUCUUGCGCUUUCCGUCGGCUCCAACACGCAGCUCUCGACGACGGGAGAAACGGUGCUCAUGGCUGCCGUGCGCCACGCGCCGUCGCUCGUGAAAUUGCUUUUGGACCGCGGUGCAAAGGCCGACUUGGCCGAUCACGCCGGUGUGACGCCGCUGCUGUUGGCGUGUGGCAUCUCGACGACGCCGUUCGACGUCGUCUCGGCGCUUGUGAAGUCCAACCGCAACGCGCAGGCGGCCACGUUCCACGGUGGCAUGACUCCGCUCAUGCUCGCGAUGUCACAUGGGCGGAACGAUGUGAUGGACCUGCUACUGGAGUCAAAGGUCGACGUCACAGUGGCCGCGACGGACGGACGGACAGCGCUCUUCUUGGCGUCGACGCCAGAGCUCGUUCAGAGGCUCGUCAACCUCGGCUGCCAUGUCGACACCAAAGACGCGCUCGGACGCACGCCGUUUAUGAUGGCGUUCGACCAAUCGAGCGACAAAGUUGCUUUCAAGCUUCUCGAGCUUGGCUGCAACGUCACGAUCGUGAGCAAGGAAGGCGUGACGGCGCUGUCCCGAGCGGUUGCCAGUGGCAGCACCGACAUGGUCAAAAGGCUCCUCGACGCUGGCUGCGACAUCAACGCGCGCGACCCGACGCAGCAUGACAAUACGCCGCUGAUGUUGGCGCUGCAGAAGAACCGCGCCGACACUGCGAGCUUGCUUCUCGAGCGCGGCUGCGACGCGGUGCGCAGCAACAAGCUCGGGCAAUCCGCGCUCUUUUUUGCGUCGUCGGUGGAGGAGGUCGCCACGCUGCUAGAGAAGGGCUGCGCCGUCGACGACAGGGACGAGGACGGGCAGUCGCCGCUCAUGUACCAUUUACGCUGCAACCGACCGGACGUGGCGCGUGUUUUGAUGGGAAAACAAUGCAACCUGCUCCAUUCCAACACCCGGGGCGAGUCGCCGCUGUGGUAUGUUGUCCACGUCCUUCCCGAAGCCGGUGCUGUCGCGAUGGCCACCGAGCUACUGUCCCAUGGCGUUGAGAAGCACCACCGAGACAAGACGGGUGACACGGCGCUCUUGCAUGUGCUACGGCACGGCCUCCGGGAUGUCGCCGAGCUCUUGAUCAAACAGGAGGCCGACGUCAAGGUCCGCAACCAGGAGAACGAGUCAGCGCUGCACUUUGUGGUCGACGAUGUCGCGUGGGUGCAGCGACUCAUCAAGGCGGGUUGUCAUCUCAACGACCAGACACAUAACACCAAGAAAACGCCACUCAUGCUGGCGCUCGAGUGCAAGAGCUCCGCGUCGGCAAAGGAGCUUUUGACGACGAAAGGCUGCGACUUGCGCCCCGCCGACACAACGGGGGCGACCGCGCUCUUCUACAUCAUCCGCGCCGACGCCGCCAUGGCGCUGCUUACGAUGAUGUUUGAUCACGAAAUCGAGUGCGACCUCAACGCCCAGCUCCACAACGGCGAUACGCCGCUCAUGGAAGCCAUCAAGACAAACAAGCCAGACAUUGCAGAGCUGCUUUUGCGCCACCGCUGCGACGUGGCGCUGCUCAAUAACGAGCGCGCCUCGGCGCUCGAUAUGCUCGACGCGUCGACGUCGGAGGCGAUGCAGAAGCUGCGCGGCUCCCUCGAAACCACCGACCUGUUCUUUGGCGACACGUUCGAGCUCCACGUGCAGCAGACGGAUGGGGACGUUCCCCUUGGCUUUCUUCCGUGGCGCAAGGGCGCCCUCGUGACCGACGUCUCCAAGCCGGAUGUGCAGUACGUCCUCGUGGUGCCAGGCCCCGAGAUGCUGGAAAACAACAACACGCGCGACGCGUUCAUUCCGGCGCGCUUCCUCAUCAAGCCGCACAGCUCGGAUGUGGUCGCCAAGGAAAAAAGACCGUGCUCAAGUACGGACACCCGUUCGUGCUCCAAGUGGCGCCGGAAACGUCAGCGAUUUGCUUUCCGACGAGCCAGCACCUGUACUCGCUCAACGCCAAGACGCCGGGCAGCAACCAUGUGCUCAGCCUCCAGCCGCGCUUCCGCGACUCAUCGGCCAAAGUGCUUUCGAAAGGCGAGAUGCACGUGGCGCUGACCAAGGAUGGCCAAAAGAACCCUGUCCGCAACGCAGACGGCAACAUUGUGGUCCACGUCGCCGACGCCAACCGUCUGCGCACGUCGCUCAACACGGACUGGGUGACGCUGCCGGCGGUGACGCGCGCCGACGGCGUAGUCGCGAGCCCCGUCUGCUGCGACAUUGCCGCCGGCGUCCUCGGGCUCAACGGCUUGCUCGACCGCCGCAACGCCAAGUCGGUGCACUUUUCGAUCCACAAGAUUGACAUGUAACGUUACAUACAUUCACAUGAUUGC